AAUAACAGGUCAGUGAUGCCCUUAGAUGUCCGGGGCCGCACGCGCGCUACACUGAAGACGAAAGCGCGAGUGCCUACGUCUCGCCUACUGCGGGUUAACCGUGCCAAUCGUCUUCGUGCUGGGGAUCGGGGCUUGCAACUCAGCCCCGUGAACGAGGAAUUCCGAGUAGGCGUCCGUCAUCAGCUGGCGCCGAUUAAGUCCCUGCCUUUUGUACACACCGCCCGUCGCUACCUCCGAUAG